CUCCUCUCUCUCUCUCUCUCAUUUUCCGUUUGAACUCCAAACCAAAAGCCCCUUAAAACACAACUUAACCAAUCACCUCACUCUCUCCUUUGUUCGAACUUUAACCGGCAAACAUCAAUUAAAUCGUAACUAAACUCCCCCCAACUGUAUUAAGCUUGACUCUACGUAGAUUAACACAUACAUACAGUCAUCGAUACACACGCACCCUUUGUUCUCUCUCUCCUGUCUCCUGUGUAUCAAACGGGGGAAGAGAGCAUUUGAAGUUAGAGAGAGAAAGUGAGCAUGGCGUCAGGUUACAGAAACGGCGUUCACAAGGGGGGGUCGGUGAAGGUGGAUCGGCCCUUCUCUGCUCCUCCGUCUAGCCUCCGACCUUCCUCUUCCUUCAAAUCGCAUCGUCCUCCUCCUCCUGCCGUCCGCCGCAGCAGCCCUUCCUCCCUCGGCGGAGCCUCCGCCAAGUACGACGAUUCUGUUUCUGGAAGAGUACGAGUGGCUGUAAGAUUGAGACCACGAAAUGAUGAGGAGUUGGAGGCAGAUGCAGAUUUUGCCGACUGUGUGGAAUUGCAGCCAGAGCUUAAAAGGUUGAAGCUUCGGAAGAACAACUGGGAUUCAGAUACCUAUGAAUUUGAUGAGGUGCUCACGGAAUUUGCUUCACAGAAGCGUGUAUACGAAGUCGUUGCAAAACCGGUUGUGGAGAGUGUCCUUGACGGUUACAAUGGGACAGUGAUGGCUUAUGGUCAGACUGGUACAGGAAAGACACAUACUCUUGGACGCCUGGGUGACGAAGACACAUCUGCUCGAGGUAUCAUGGUUCGAGCAAUGGAGGAUAUAAUAGCAGAUAUCACUCCGGAGACUGACUCUAUCUCCGUGUCAUACUUGCAGAUAUAUAUGGAGACUAUCCAGGAUCUCCUAAAUCCAGCAAACAAUAAUAUUGCCAUCGUUGAAGAUCCAAAAACUGGUGAUGUUUCCCUACCAGGUGCAUCACUUGCGGAAAUACGAGACCAGCAGAGUUUUAUGGAGCUGCUGAGAUUAGGGGAGGCUCAUCGAUUUGCUGCUAACACAAAGAUGAAUACUGAAUCUUCUCGUAGUCAUGCUAUUCUCAUGGUACAUGUUAAGAAGUCUGUCUUGGGAGCUGAAGCUGCUUUUUCAUAUGAAAAUGACAAUCCUUAUCAAUCGGUGAAUAAUUUUAAGCCACCUGUUAUUCGAACAGGCAAGCUGUUUCUUGUGGAUCUUGCUGGUUCUGAGCGAAUUCACAAGUCAGGAAGCGAGGGACAUACUUUAGAAGAAGCCAAAUCAAUCAAUCUCUCUCUAAGCGCAUUAGGGAAGUGCAUAAAUGCUCUGGCAGAAAAUAGCGCUCAUGUCCCAGUUCGAGACUCCAAGCUUACAAGGUUGCUUAGAGAUUCAUUUGGAGGCACAGCAAGAACUUCAUUAAUUGUGACUAUUGGCCCAUCUCCACGUCAUCGAGCAGAGACUGCAAGUACAAUAUUGUUUGGGCAAAGGGCUAUGAAGGUGGAGAACAUGCUCAAAAUUAAGGAGGAGUUUGACUUCAAAAGUUUGUCUAGAAGGCUUGACAUACAACUUGACAAACUCAUUGCGGAGAAUGAGAGGCAGCAGAAAGCCUUCGAGGAUGAAAUUGAAAGAAUAAAUUUAGAAGCACAAAGUCGUAUCUCUGAGGCUGAAAGAAAAUUUGCGGAUGCAUUGGAGAGGGAGAGAGUUAACUGUCAGAUGGAUUACAUGGAAUCAAUUAAAAAACUUGAGGAGAAGUGGGUGCUGAAUCAGGAAAAGCAUGGCAAGAAUGGCUUCACCAAUGGCAGUUAUAGUGGAGAGGUGCACGUGGGCGCUGUGAAUGAGGAAUCUGAGGUCAAAAUGUUGCUUCAGAAUGAAAUGAAUUUAAGAAAGGCAGCUGAAGAGGAAAUCAACAUUCUCAGAAAUCAACUUUCUGAUUCGAUGCCGUCAGAGGCAGGAGGAGAUGUAGAUGUUGUGAAACUUCAAAGAUUGCUAGACGAUGAAGUACAUCAGAAAAAGAGACUUGAAGAAGAAGUGAUGGUGUUACGAAGUCAGCUGUCGCAAUUGACUUUUGAAGCUGAUCAAAAUGGGCGUCUUGCUAGAGGCAAGUCUGGGAAUUCCUUUACUGGUGUAGAUCCUCCCUCCCAUCCAAGACAUUCGCCCGUCAAAGAUGCAGUUAAUGGACACAUGGCAUCAAUCACCAAUCUCCAUGAACAAGUUGGAUUGCAAAAGAUUUUCUCAUUGCUAGAGUCGGAAGAUCCUAAUGUACGGAUUCAUGCUGUGAAAGUAGUGGCCAACCUAGCUGCUGAAGAAGGAAAUCAACAAAGAAUUGUGGAAGCUGGGGGUCUCACUUCCUUGCUGAUGCUUCUUAGAAGCUUGGAGGAUGAAACCGUUCGGAGAGUAGCUGCUGGAGCAAUUGCGAACCUUGCUAUGAAUGAAGCCAAUCAGGAAUUUAUAAUGGCUGAAGGUGGAAUAAAACUCUUGGCAAUGACAGCAGCUGAUGCUGAGGAUCCGCAGACUUUACGCAUGGUUGCUGGAGCUAUUGCUAAUCUCUGUGGGAAUGAUAAGCUACAAAUGAGGCUGAGGUCUGAAGGUGGCAUUAAGGCGUUGCUACAAAUGGUGAGAUGUAGACAUCCGGAUGUGCUUUCCCAAGUUGCACGAGGAAUUGCAAAUUUUGCUAAGUGCGAAUCCCGAGUAUCUACUCAUGGGACAAAGAAUGGACGGUCUAUUUUGAUAGAAGACGGUGCGCUUCCGUGGAUCGUCCAAAACUCCAACAACGAAGCAUCAUUAAUUAGGCGUCACACUGAGCUUGCUCUCUGCCACUUGGCGCAACAUGAAGUGAACGCAAAAGACAUGAUCAGUGGAGGCGCUCUUUGGGAGCUGGUACGGAUUUCGCGUGAUUGUUCUCGAGAGGACAUUAAGGCUCUUGCUCGUCGGACCAUGACUUCCAGCCCGACCUUCUACGCUGAGUUGCGGCGGUUACGGAUAGAUUUAUAGAUACGGGGUUUUGAUCGGAUCGGAUAGGAUUGCUCCUUUUAGAUGUUUCCUCAUUAGAUAUGUACAGAGGAAGGUGAUUAGCUCAUGCUUUGCAUAACCCCAUUGAAGCAGCCUACUUGAGGUAAUGUGCAAUUGUAGCUGUCUGCUGUUUAAGGGUGUAUUUUUGCUCAACAUUCUCCUAAAUUGUUGGGGGAAGCCACCCAUUGCACCUGCUUCAGUCUUUGAUCGUGUAUAAAUUGAUUUCUCACCCCUUUCCAUUGUAAGUUUCAUAUUCUUCUGUUUUGUAAUAUACUUUGAGCUAACACAAAUCACUCAGGUUUUAUGAUAUUUUACGGAGCAAGUAUAAAUCGCAGAGCUUUCAUUA